ACAAUUAAGAUAUAAAAUUAGCACAGAUUUCGAGAUCAAAAUUUGAUGAGGGGUCUUCUUUAACCGUGUCAAAUACGAACACACCCGGUAGAAAAUCUACAGUCUGCAUUCACAUUUAGUUUCUAGUGUAUUCGAAACGAUGGCUGAUAGUCGAAAUGUGAUAUUGAAUCUUUACCGAAGUCUUAUUCGAGAAAGUAAGAAAUGGAGUGCUUACAAUUAUCGGAUGUACGCUUUGCGGAAAAUACGACACGAAUUUCAAGAAAAUAAAGCACUUCAAGACCGUGAAAGGAUCAACGAGCAGUACGAAAAAGGGCAGGAAAUGCUCGAAGUUAUUAAGAGACAAGUGACCAUUGGAAAUUUCUAUGCCACCAAGCCACUAAUUAUCGAAAAUAUAAAAAAGAAAUCGAAUUACAAUUAAAAAUGCACACGGCGUGAGUGAUUAGUGAAUGUCUGUAAAGAGAACUACAAUUCAUGCGAGAUAUGACAAAAUUAUAGUUAGGUAUAAGGUUAAGAUAGUUAGAACUAAAGAUCUCCAAAGUUCCCUAAUAAUUUCAAAGAUUCUGUACAACUUCAUAACGCGGAAUAAAACGGAAUAUUUGUUAAUAAUGAAUAAUAUGUAUAGUGUUUCUAGGCUAUUAUUUAUAAGUAAAUGUAUAUGUUGUAUGUGUUGCUA